AAAGUGUUAUUGGUUUUGAAAUGGCAGACAUACUGUGUAGAAGACAUAACCAAGGAAUCUGCCCAAAAUUGUGACUUCUGUGAAGGAUCUUAUAAAAGGUUCACGGCAUUGGAUCCAUUUGGUCGAGUGGAGUCCAAGCAUUCCUACAGUGUAGCUAAUGCCUUUAAGUAUGAUAGGUGGCACAGUUUGGUGCUGCUGAGGAACCAUCAUCCACUCAAAUGGACCGAAGAGGAGUUCUUGGAUAUGGCAAACACUGGGCUCUCAUGGAUGAAGAAAGUGAAUGCCAUCCAAAAGGACUAUGUCUAUCCCAUAAUAUUCUGGGACUUACUUCCUCAUGCAAUGGCCAGUCAGAUUCAUCCACACAUGCAUGUUAACGUGCGGCCAGAUCAGUAUUAUGGUGCUCAGGAGUUAUGGCGCAGGGCAGGAGAAACGUAUUUUAGGGAAUUUCGCAGCAACUAUUUCAAGGAACUGAAGGAACUUCAUCAGGCUUUGGGACUCACAGUGGACUUGGGGACUGCCACUGCUUUUGCCAAUCUUAACCCCAAACAUGAGACAGAGAUUAUUGUUCUUAGCAGGACUCCAAACACAGAUUUCUUCAGGCUGAUAUAUUAUGUGCUCAGAACAUACUUAGACGACCUGGAUCAAUUGUGCUUCAGCAUGGCCAUAACAUUACCAAGUCUGGUGCCAGAUUCGUAUAUAAAUGCUGAUCGUGGCAGAAUGCCAGCUUUUGCCAGAAUCACCAGCAGGGGUUCCGCUUCCAGUGUCAAGGGAGACCUGAGCUCCAUGGAAAUGUAUGGGGUAUCUAAUGUGAACAUGGAGCCUUGGACUAUGAUUCAGCAUGUCCAGCAGUCUGUAAACAAGAGAUCUGUGGGCGGAUAAUAAGA